AUGGGCCAAUUCGCCUGCGAGUGCACCGCCACGGGCAGUGGCCGGGACCAGUGCGACUGGACCGACCUCUACGUUGCCCAGUUCAAGCUCCUGGACGGCUCGGUUGUGUACGUCGGCGGCUGUGUGGAAAUCACGGCGCGUUCGUGCUGAAUCAUCGCGUGAUUCGCGUGGUCCUUCACACCAUCGACGCGACGCCCGCUCGAUGGCGUGGCGAUGCCGGUUCCUCACCGCUCGACCGAGCCAGGACGGCCGCGUCAUCGCCGAGAAAUGACUUAGUGAAGAAUUGUCGGGUGCACCCGACGCACCGGUUGAUUUCCACACAGGUCGGCGGCGAAUACGACACGUACGGCCGGAUCACCUGCGCCGUCGAGGGCGGCGGCUCGGCGCAAUUCACAAUCGUCGACGGCGCGGGCGGCGAGGACGCGCAGACAUUCCUGACCGGUACUUACCAGUACGGCUACUACAACACCUAUUCCCCGCGCGGCGACUACCCUGACGGCGGGAUCGGUUGCGGCGUCCGCGCCGACGACGAAUACGUCGAGGGCGUCCGCCUCAGCAUCCCCGCGGACGCGCGAGACAAGCUCCAGGCCGUCGUUCCGGCCGCGAUCGCAGCCAAGCUCGACCUCGACGUAGAAGGCGGCACCAGCUACAUGCCGCACUUCCGCAAGGCGACGCUCGGCCGCCAAAAGACUAUUCGGCGCCUCGAAGCCUACAUGCGCAUGGACGCGGCGGUCGCGGCAGGCGACCGGGCGGCCUUUGAGGUCGCCCAGCGCGAGAUUCUCGCGGACCUGGCGCACGUGGCGGGCUCUCCGCCGUGGAGUUUUGUGUCGUGGUACGACGACACGACGGCGCGGCGCCAGGGCCACGACCUCUUCGACGAGGUGCGCAAGCUCGACGCGGCGGCGACGCCCGAGGCCUUCCAGCUCAAACGCCACGGAGACUGCAUCGGUUGGGACCGCGCCGCGCUCGGGCGGGCCCUACGCGGCGAGCCGCCGGCCACGGGCCGGUCUCCGCACCCGGGACGGCCUCCUGCGGCCACGAGCAGCCGCCCCUCCCUGACGGUCGUUACCGACCGCGUGCUACUAGAGGUCGUGCCGUUCUCCACGAUCGACGACGCGAACAGUUUCAACACGGCUCUGUCGGGCCGGCUCCGGAGGAUCGGUCCCGCGUUCGACCGGUACCUCGAGAAUGACCGGCGGAAGGCCUUCGGCACGACCAAAGCCGACGCCGACGCGCGCUUCGCGGCGCGCCUCGCGGAAGGCGCGUGCGGCUGCUGCGGCCGCGAGGACGGCCUGCUCGUUCUGUGCGACGGCUGCGAGACCGGCGCCGCGCACCCGGCCUGCGUCUCGCCUCCCCUCAACGAGAAGAAGCUGCCGGACGAGUGGUUCUGCCCCGCGUGCGGCGGCGCGCCCUUCACGACGAACGGGACGCAGCAGAUCCUCGACGCCAUCGACGACGCGGACGCGUCGGUCCUGCAGGACCUGCUCGCGCGCGGCGUUCGCGGAAACUCGUCCGCGGUUCUCCGCCACGCGCUGGGUUUGGUCAAUGCGCCCGAUGUGGUUCGCAUGCUCCUCGUCGCGGGUGCGGACCCGGACGUGCCGGAAACGAUCGAGAAGAAACAAGGGUGGCACGCGAACCCGAUCAUUAAGAUCGAGGCGACGCCGCUCUUCGAAGCGCUGAAGGAGAAGAACGCGGCGUUGGCGCUCGCGCUCGUCGCGGGCGGCGCUUCCGUGGACAAGCACAUCAGCGUCCAAUUGGACUACAACGUGUCCACGGGCUCGCUGUACGGCUACCGCGAGCCGCCCUUCACGCGCCGAUGCGCCACGACGUGUCUGUUUGAGGCCGUGUGCACCAUGCCGCCCGAGGUGAACGACGCCGACGACUUCGAGGCUCUGGAGGUCCUCGUCGACACCAUUCUGCGUUCGGCCAGUAACCCGAGGGCGCUCGUCCGGCACUCGGUGCAGGCCUGGGCUCACCUUCACGGCGCCUCUGGACGCGGCCGCGCCUUCGAUAACGAGGGCGACACCGCCCUACUAGCCGCCGUGCAGCGACCGAGCGAACGUAUUGUUAAGGCUCUCGUCAAAGCGGGUGCGCGCGUCAAGGAACUCACGCCCACGGGCUGCUCGAUCCUCAGCAUCUGCCGCAUGGCCUACGGGCCGCUCCUCAUGGCCGCGGGCGCGCCCAUCAGAGUCCCCGGGAAGCCGAGCAUCCUUUCGCGGGUCGUCACGGCAAGCAGCGACCGGAAGGAACGCGGUUGGUACUCUGGAGGCACCGAGAGCGAGGCGUGGCGCCGCGAGCGGCGCGCGUUUUUCGACGCUCUCCUACAAGCGCGGCCGGCCGACGUGCACACUCAAGAUUCGGAAAAAGGCGAGACGGUGUUGCAUCGGCUCCUGAAGCAGGGCAGCCAGCAGGCCCUGGACGUCGCGAGCCGCGACAACGGUCGCGACCGCUACUAUUACAGCAGCUACUCGGGCCCUCGCGAUCCUGCGGGGAUCUUCUCGAUGGUGGAGGCGUGCGUCGCGGCCGGUGGCAACCUCAACCAGGCAUCUGCCGACGGGGCGACGCCCUUCCUCCAGGCGGUGGCGUGGAUGGACGAGGAGCGCAUCUCCGCUCUUCUUAGCCUGGGCGCGGACGCGACGGUCGUCGACUCGCGCGGGCGCGGCGCGCUCCACUACGCCGUCGCGCGAGCUCAAACGGAGGUCAGCGGUUACGGUCGCGACGAAGACGAGAAGGCGACCAAGCUGGGGGCGUUGUUCCGAACGCUACUCGCGGCCGGGGCCGACCCCAAGCAGACCGGGCUUCUGAAACUCGACUGGUGCGGAAAGCAUGCUAUAAUCGAACGCGUCACGCCGCUGGUCGCCAUCGUCGCCCUCGGAGAGAACAUACUGCCGUCCGAGAAAGGGUACGACAGCCCGAAAAAAUGGAAGGUCGUGUCCGAGGUCGUGCGCGCGCUCUUCGCCGUGUCGGACCUGACCGCGCAGUUGCGCGACGAGAACCUGCUGACGCUGUGCGUCUCGUGGGCGCCCAUCGAGUUCGUGCUCCAGUUGUUGGACGGUGCCGAGCUGAACCUCGACCAGACUGGAACGGACGGCGACACGCCGCUCAUCCGCGCCUUGAAGCUGCCCGACGACGGCGACACGAAAGCUGAGAAGUACGGGGCCGCGAAGUCGGCGCUGGUCGAGCUCUUGUUGGCGCGCGGCGCGGGGCCGAACGUGUGCGACGACGAGGGCCAUUCGCCCCUCUACCACGCGGGCUACCAGAAGCGCAUGGGCGACGUCAUCCGCAAGGCCGGCGGGUACCGGUCCAACAUCGAGACGUGA